GGCCACGUACGCGGACGAAGUGCGCGAGUUUGCCGAGAAGCUCGUGCCCAACCACAACAUUAUCACGGUCAAGAAGGAGAAGCUGUCGCUCGACGGCAUCAAGCAGUUUUGGAUCGACUGCAAGUCGCAGGCGCACAAGUACGACGUGCUCUCGGACCUCUUCGGGCUCCUCAACGUCGGCAAGAGCGUCAUUUUCGUGCAGUCGCGCGAGACGGCCAAGAAGCUCACGGCGAGCAUGCGCGAGAAGGGUCACUCGUGCGGCAUCCUGCACGGCGCCGACAUGGCGUUGGAGGUCCGCGACAAGGUGCUUGACGAGUUCCGCCUCGGCACGACCAAAGUGCUCAUCACGACCAACGUGCUUGCGCGCGGCAUCGACGUGCUCGGUGUCUCGCUCGUCGUCAACUUUGAUAUUCCCGUCAACCGCGACAACCAGCCGGACCCGGAGACGUAUCUGCACCGCAUUGGGCGCACGGGCCGCUUUGGCCGUAAGGGCGCGGCCAUCAACUUCGUCCAUGACAACAAGUCGAAGCGUGACCUGGCCGAGAUUGAAAACUACUACGAGAAGGAGAUCGUCAUGGCGCCGGCCGACGACCUCGAAGCGCUCGAGAAGCUGCUUUCGUGGACGUAAAACGUGCGCCCGUCGGACAAGAGACAACACGAUGAUUUUGUGCUUGAUUUAAAUCUCCGAGUUUGUCGCUGCGAAGACAGCUAAGCAAACGAUGGUGGGUCGUUGCACACGGCCAGACAUCGGGCGGCACAAGCC